AUGCCUUUGCUCCGCUCCCACCGCCCCCGCCCCUUCCCCAGACCCACCAUCACCACCGCCUCUGGCCGCCACCCCCAUCUUCCACCUGUGCCCUCACCACCACACUACACAGCACACCAGCCGCUGCAGGGCUCCCAUGGGCUGAGUGGGGAGCAGUUUUCCCCUGGCCUCAGUUCCCAGCUCCCCCCGCCCACCCACGCAUACACACAUGCCCUCCUGGACAAGGCUAACAUCCCACUUAGCCGCACCCUGCACCUGCUGCGUCCUCACUCCCUUGGUGGUGGGGACAUUGCUCUCUGGGCUUUUGGUUUGGGGGCGCUCUCUCUGCUCCUUCACUGUUCCCUCUGGCUUCCUGUAGUGGGACCUGGGAGGGUUCCCCUGGCCUUAAAAGGGGCCCAAGCCCCAUCUCAUCCUGGCCCGCCCUACUCCACUGCCCUGGCAGCAGCAGGUGUGGCCAGUGGAGGGGGUGCUGGCCCCAGGAUUCCCCCAGCCAAACUGUCUUUGUCAUCACAUGGGGCUCACACUUUUCAUCCUUCCCCACCUUCCCUAGUCCCUGCACUAGGUUGGGCAGCCCCCUUUGGCUCCAGGAAGGCAGGAGGGGUGUGUCCUUACUCCCGCUUCACUGUGGCCACAGCCCCCUUGCCCUCCGCCUGGGAUCUGAGUACAUGUGGUGGUGAUGGAGAUGCAGUCGCUUAUUGUCCAGGUGAGGCCCAUGAGCCCUGUGGCCGUCACCUGAGGUGGGCUGGGGCUGCUCCCCUCACCCUACUUUGCUUCCGCCACUCAGCCAUUUCCCCCUCCUCAGAUGGGGCACCAAUAACAAGGAGCUCACCCUGCCCUCUCCCAACCCCCCUCCUGCUCCUCCCUGCCCCCCAAGGUUCUGGUUCCAUUUUUCCUCUGUUCACAAACUACCUCUGGACAGUUGUGUUGUUUUUUGUUCAAUGUUCCAUUCUUCGACAUCCGUCAUUGCUGCUGCUACCAGCGCCAAAUGUUCAUCCUCAUUGCCUCCUGUUCUGCCCACGAUCCCCUCCCCCAAGAUACUCUUUGUGGGGAAGAGGGGCUGGGGCAUGGCAGGCUGGGUGACCGACUACCCCAGUCCCAGGGAAGGUGGGGCCCUGCCCCUAGGAUGCUGCAGCAGAGUGAGCAAGGGGGCCCAAAUCGACCAUAAAGGGUGUAGGGGCCGCCUCCUCCCCCUGUUCUGUUGGGGAGGGGUAGCCGUGAUUUGUCCCAGCCUGGGGCUCCCCCUCUGGUUUCCUAUUUGCAGUUACUUGAAUAAAAAAAAAUAUCCUUUUCUGGA